AUGACUGCGGAGCAGGCGCUGCCCCUGGGCAACGGGAAAGCGGCCGAGGAGGCGCGGGGGUCCGAGGCGCUGGGCGGCGGCGGCGGCGGGGGCGCGGCGGGGACGCGCGAGGCGCGCGACAAGGCGGUCCACGAGCGCGGCCACUGGAACAACAAGGUGGAGUUCGUGCUGAGCGUAGCUGGCGAGAUCAUCGGGCUAGGCAACGUGUGGCGCUUCCCCUACCUGUGCUACAAGAACGGCGGAGGGGCAUUCCUGAUUCCCUAUGUGGUGUUCUUCAUCUGCUGUGGAAUUCCCGUCUUCUUCCUGGAAACGGCUCUGGGGCAGUUCACAAGUGAAGGAGGCAUUACCUGCUGGAGGAAAGUCUGCCCUUUAUUUGAAGGCAUUGGCUACGCAACACAGGUGAUCGAGGCGCACCUCAAUGUCUAUUACAUCAUCAUCCUGGCGUGGGCCAUCUUCUACCUAAGCAAUUGCUUCACCACCGAGCUCCCCUGGGCCACCUGUGGGCACGAGUGGAACACAGAGAAAUGUGUGGAGUUCCAGAAGCUGAAUGUCAGCAACUACAGUCAUGUGUCCCUGCAGAAUGCCACCUCCCCGGUCAUGGAAUUCUGGGAACGCCGGGUCUUGGCUAUAUCUGAUGGUAUUGAGCACAUUGGGAACCUCCGUUGGGAGCUGGCAUUAUGUCUCCUGGCGGCUUGGACCAUCUGCUACUUCUGCAUCUGGAAGGGAACCAAGUCGACUGGAAAGGUCGUGUAUGUCACUGCAACCUUCCCCUACAUCAUGCUGCUGAUCCUCCUGAUCCGAGGUGUCACAUUGCCAGGUGCCUCUGAAGGCAUCAAGUUCUAUCUGUACCCGGACCUCUCCCGGCUCUCUGAUCCACAGGUGUGGGUGGACGCUGGGACGCAGAUCUUUUUCUCCUACGCCAUCUGCCUGGGCUGCCUGACCGCUCUGGGGAGUUACAACAACUAUAACAACAACUGCUACAGGGACUGUAUCAUGCUCUGCUGUCUUAAUAGUGGCACCAGCUUUGUGGCUGGGUUCGCCAUCUUCUCCGUCCUGGGCUUCAUGGCGUAUGAGCAAGGAGUGCCUAUUGCUGAGGUGGCAGAGUCAGGUCCUGGACUGGCUUUCAUUGCCUACCCCAAAGCUGUCACGAUGAUGCCCCUCUCCCCAUUGUGGGCCACCUUGUUCUUCAUGAUGCUCAUCUUCCUGGGCCUGGACAGUCAGUUUGUGUGCGUGGAGAGCCUCGUAACUGCCGUGGUAGACAUGUACCCCAAGGUCUUCCGGCGGGGCUACCGGCGAGAACUGCUCAUCCUGGCCCUGUCCAUCAUCUCCUAUUUCCUAGGCCUGGUGAUGCUGACAGAGGGAGGCAUGUACAUCUUCCAGCUUUUUGACUCCUAUGCUGCCAGUGGCAUGUGCUUGCUUUUUGUGGCCAUCUUUGAGUGUGUUUGCAUCGGCUGGGUGUAUGGAAGCAACCGGUUCUAUGACAACAUCGAGGACAUGAUUGGCUACCGGCCACUGUCACUCAUCAAGUGGUGCUGGAAAGUUGUGACCCCUGGGAUCUGUGCGGGCAUCUUCAUCUUCUUUCUGGUCAAGUACAAACCUCUCAAGUACAACAAUGUGUACACAUACCCGGCUUGGGGUUACGGCAUUGGUUGGCUCAUGGCUCUGUCCUCCAUGCUAUGCAUCCCGCUCUGGAUCUGCAUCAAGGUGUGGAAGACAGAGGGCACCCUUCCCGAGAAAUUACAGAAGUUGACAGUCCCCAGCGCCGAUCUGAAAAUGCGGGGCAAGCUUGGGGCCAGCCCACGGACGGUGACCGUUAAUGACUGUGAGGCCAAGGUCAAGGGCGACGGCACCAUCUCUGCCAUCACAGAGAAGGAGACACACUUCUGA